ACCCGUUGAGUCUCUUCCCUGGUCCCGGUUCCAAUUCCGGCGAGUGUCGGUCGGCCUCAGGACCCCGGGCACUCCGGCGGGUCUGCAGGACCGGCACUGCCCAGUCCCGGAGGGACAUGGCCUUGCGACUGGCCCGGCUGGGCUCUGGCCCCGGCUGGCACGCGCUGCGGAGCGACUAUGGCCAGCUGCGCGCUUGGUCCCCGCGCGGCGCGUCCGCCCGCGUCCGCCAGCUGCCUGGCACCGCCGGUACCCAGUCCCGCCGCGGGCUGGGCCACGGCCCCUCGGCUGGAGGCGGGUCCUGGUUGGGGACCGGGCUGGCCGCGGCGCUGGCGGGGUUGGCAGGACUGGCAGCCGCCGCCUUCGGGCACGUGCAGCGGGCGGAGAUGGUGCCCAAGAGCUCGGGGGCGCGAAGCCCCUCGCCUGGACGGCGGGAGGAGGACGGUGACGAACUGGCCCGCCGCUGCAGCGCUUUCAUGAGCUCGCCGGUGACCGACGUGCGUGAGCUGCGGAAGAGACCCGAGGACAUGAAGACCAAGAUGGAGCUGAUGAUCAUGGAUAUCCAGGCCCAGGUGUGUCGGGCUUUGGCCCAAGUAGACGGAGUCGCUGACUUCUCUGUGGACCGAUGGGAGAGGAAGGAAGGGGGUGGUGGCAUCACCUGUGUGCUUCAGGAUGGCCGUGUGUUUGAAAAGGCUGGGGUCAGCAUUUCUGUUGUUCAUGGGAAUCUCUCGGAGGAAGCAGCAAACCAGAUGCGAAGCAGAGGAAUGUCCCUGACGAGGAAGGAUGGUAAACUGCCAUUUACUGCUAUGGGUGUAAGCUCUGUGAUUCACCCCAAGAAUCCCUAUGCACCCACUAUGCAUUUCAACUACAGAUACUUUGAAGUAGAAGAAUCUGAUGGUGGUACCCACUGGUGGUUUGGGGGUGGAUGUGACCUCACGCCAACAUACUUGAACCAAGAGGAUGCUGUUCAUUUUCACCGCACUCUGAAGGAAGCUUGUGAUAAGCAUGGGCCAGAUAUCUACCCCAAAUUUAAAAAAUGGUGUGAUGACUACUUCUAUAUAGUGCAUCGUGGAGAGCGGAGGGGCAUCGGAGGCAUCUUUUUCGAUGAUCUCAAUGUUCCAUCCAAGGAGGAAGCAUUCCGCCUAGUUAAGUCGUGUGCUGAAGCUGUGGUUCCUUCCUAUGUCCCCAUUGUGAAAAAGCACUGUGACGACUCAUUCACCCCCCAGGAUAAGCUGUGGCAGCAGCUUAGGAGAGGACGGUACGUAGAGUUUAAUCUGGUGUAUGAUCGGGGCACCAAGUUUGGCCUCUUUACUCCGGGAUCCAGGAUCGAAAGUAUCUUGAUGUCUUUACCUCUAACGGCUCGGUGGGAGUACAUGCAUUCGCCCCCAGAGAAUUCCAAGGAAGCCGAAAUUCUGGAAGUACUGCGCCAUCCGAAGGACUGGGUACAUUGAUGCAGCAGAACGUUGUUCUGGAACCUGGUGGACACACGUGUGGUCUUCUUGCACUGUUGCCACUGUGUGGCAGGCAAUCCUCUGUGCCUUGCUGUGCCAUGUUCCAGCCUUCUCCACUCUGGGCACUACCUCUGUGGUUUUGGAUCUUUCCCAGGGCUGUGGGUUGAGGUGGCAAUGAUGGAUGGUGACGUAAAAAUGCCACAUUCAGUGGAUGUAAAACUCGUUUGUACUUUCAGAAUCAUGUUAAUUUAUGUUGGGUCUCCAGGUCCUAAGAUAAGGGAAUGUAAGUACUGUAAUAUGGACCAGGAAACUCUUAGUUUUGUUUGUUGCUUGAAAGUUUAGUUUUUGCCACCGAAAUUUGUCAGGGGAUACAUUUUAUCUUUGUUAGUUCAGUCAGAUUGGCCUUCUUGGUUUUUUUUGAAUGCAAUUUGAAGCCUGGUACUCAGGAUCAAAGUCUGGUAGAUCUCUGUGAGUUCAAGGCCAGUAUGUCUACAGAGUGAGUUCCAGGACAGCUACGGCUACACACAGAUAAACCCUUCCUUGAAAAUCCAAAUAGUAACUUGAAGGGACAUGUUUUCCUUUGUCAUUUUAGAGUUUUCUUUGAUGUAAUUUUCAUGUGUCUUUCUCUAUAGACCAGAAUACUAUAGAAAUACUCAUUUUUUUUAUAAAGAUAGUUUUUUAGGAGCACUUGAAAUUUUCUUAAUCAGUUUCUGCAUAAUGAUGACCUAUAGUUUACAACUGUAAAUGGCAUUGUUAUUAAAUAAGGAACAUCUAAAUGAUGAGGUUAUUUUGUGGGAUCAUAAUUUGUUGACAUUGGGAUUCUAUGUAUUUUUGGGCAAAAGCUUAUAUCCCUGGAUUCUGAUACUUAGAGUUUUAUAUUUCAGACAUUUAGAUAUAGGAGUUUAGACUAAGAAUGAAUGAGAAACAAUUUCCUUCUUUAAUUAAAAUGAAUGGAGCUAGUCUAACAUGUGGGCAUUUCAUAUUUCUUAAAAACGAACCAGUUGAAGUUGUCCUACUUUUCAAAUGAGAGGUUUCUCAACUUUUAUCUUUUCUCUUAAAAGCCAUAGCAGAUUUCUUAAUGCAUGGUUUAUCUGUCUAAUAAUAGUAUAACUGAAUCAUCCGAUUUGUAACGUAGUGAAGUUGUAAGGUGUGGUGUCGCAUAUAUGUUUAAGUAUUAUCCUGGAAUUUGUUGGAUGUAUGUGAUUGUGCUUGAUGCUUUUAGGGUGAGAAAAUCUACAAAUUCUUCCAUAUGUCUUAAAGAGAUUCACAUAAUAAAUUUUAUUUUGAAAUAA